ACCCACUCAUGGAAUUACAGGAUGUGACAUCAUCACCUCAGACACACAGUCACUAGCUCAAUGAUAUGCCUUCUUGGUCAAGACCCUGACUCUUUGACUCUGUCACCAGUGAACUAUAUACUGAAGUGUGUAUGCCUAAGUGGUUUUGUGCUCUCUUCUCUGCUCAGGCUACUUAUGUUUGACAGUGAGUAAAUGGGAUAAAGCACUUUGUCAUUCACAUUAUAAAAUGUCAGCCUUUCUUUUAGACAGCCUUUCGAAAACUUCCACCUCCCACACACUCACUAUAAUCCUCAUCUCGUCUGAGGAACACACCCAACGAUUCCAUGCCUAGUUCUGCCUGGCCACUUAUUGUGAUGGCAGGCGGUCAGCCCCAUAAUCCUGACUCAGCCGACUAAUCCCAAAGUAAUUCCCUCUGGGAUAGUUGUCUUUGUCUGUUGGGGUAGUUGUCUUUGUCUGUUGGGGUAGUUGUCUUUGUCUGUUUGGAAGUGCUGGAGAAGUGGACAAGGGAAUAGGGAAUAAGUGAUCGGCCUAUGUCAUGCAGGAGUACAAGUCGGUGGAGAGCCUGCCUCCCACUCUGCGUUCAGGGAACCUGAGUGUUCUGAAGAAGCGCUGGGAGCAGCCGGGACCUCGCCAAGACAAACCCGCCCCGCUACCCGCCGGCCCACCCCGCGCCCGCCUUAUCCCCCCAGCCGUAACCAAACCAGUGCCCCCGACCGAGCACCGCCCCCCAGCCAAAUCCCCGCGAUCUCUGGGCACUCAGGGUGGUCAAGACACAGCCUACAGCCACUUCCAGUAUCCCCCAGCAGCAGCAGCAGCUAUAGCCGAGGAAGGACCGGAGAGAGGGAUGGAGAGAAAAGAGCAGCGGCCAAGCGAGGGAGAGGAGGAGGAAGGGCUGAUGCAGGUGGAAGACAAGGUGGUACCACCCAGCCCCUGCAGCCCCAUCGAGAAACCCAGCGUGCCUCUCAACAGCCUGAAGAUGAUGUUUGAGAAGGGAGAGGGCACCAAUAGAAGGGUGAGGAUGGGACUACACAGCAGCUCCUCUGAGGACAUGGACCAGAGACUAGGAGUGUUAUCCCCUGACAGAGUUCUGGAGACCACCUCCCUGAAGGAAAGAAUGGCCAAGUACCAAUCAGCCGUUACCAAAAAGGGCCCACUAGCACGCACUGCCAGUCAGUCAGAGGGAGAGGACGGCAGCCUCAAGGAGACUGUGCCCCCUAGUGGUGUGGCUGUGAGCCAGGCUUUAGAGUCCUACAGCAGAAAAGUUGCUGUAGCAGAGACCAAUGGUGAUGGCAUGGACACACCUACCUCUAAGGAUAGUACCUCUUCUCCAUCCUCAGCCCACAGUGACCCGACCAAGGCAGCCAGGAAGUUCUGCCUGCCCGUGAGGGAGACGUGCAUUGCAUGCCUGAAGACGGUAUACCCGUUGGAGAGGCUGGUGGCCAACACCCAGAUCUUCCACACCUCCUGCUUCCGCUGUCUCCACUGCAACACCAAGCUCAGUCUGGGAAACUACGCCUCUCUGCACGGCAAUGUCUACUGCAAGCCCCACUUCAGCCAGCUGUUCAAGGCCAAAGGCAACUACGACGAAGGCUUCGGCCACCGGCCCCACAAGGAGCUGUGGACGCCCCGCGCCGAGGGAGAGGAGGAGGAAGAGGGAGUAGACCGGGAGGUGGAGAAGAGGCCAAAGGAGCAGACAGAAAGAGUGGCGGCGGUAUCCCGUCCAGCCUCCUCAGCCAAGCAGCCCAGCCCCACGGUGGAGGAGUCUCCCCUGGCCAAGGUGACGGACCUGACUGCCUCUCUGGAGACACGCAGCCACACCACCUCCACCGAGAAACUCUCCAGCGCCGAGAAAAUACCAGAGGCCCGCAAGCUGAGGGUUGCCUGGCCCCCUCCUGCUGACAGCGAUGCUGGGACCUCUCCAAUUUUGGAGGCUGGUGGUGGUGUGGGCCGGCCCUGGAGGGCCAAGUGGCCCCCGGAGGGCGAGGUGUCAUCGUCCACCCUGAGCCACGACAGGUCCGAGCUGAAGAGCCUGAGGAGGAGCUCGUCUCUGAAGGAGCGAAGUCGGCCCUUCUCAGUGGCACCCAGCCUCACCACCACCAAUGCCCUCGGGCCACGGGAGCCCCGCCGGCCCCUCAAAUCCCUGCUGGAGAGGAGGGGGUCACUGGAGGACAGCCGCUCCAUGCCUAGGGAACCAGAACUCCAACCCCAGAGGGGGAGAGAGGAGGAAGAAAAGGAGCGCAAGCCGGCCCCGCCCAGCAGCAGUGUGGUGAAUAGAGAGACCAGCUCCGAGGAGGAGGUGGAGAGUCUGCCGGCGGCGCAGGAGGAGAAGAGAGAAGAGCCGAUGGAGAGAGGAAAAGAAGUAAAAGAGGAAGAGGCUUCUCUGAAAUGCCAAAGCGCCUCUCUGGAUAUCCCAGCGUCUCCCUCUCCGCCCCCGCAGCCCAAACACAACCGCAGCUCCCAGGACGUGGGCUUCUGGGAGGGCGAGGAGGAGGGGGGCGAUGGGGAGGGGGAGCAGCUCACCGUAGAGGAGAUGAUCAAGAGGAACCGCUACUAUGAGGAAGAGGAGGAGGAGGAAGAUAAUGUCUGAACAGACACUCCACUCUGAAUCAGGCUGGAUUUAGUCUCGAUACACACGCCAACACAUUCUGUCCCUAGUACUCCCGUCCAUUAUAUAUAACCCAGGGAGUUUUUAAAAGUGCAGGGAUAAAAGCAUGGGGACCCACUUUCUAAAAUAAAUUCUGCUUGGGUGCAAUCUGUGAUCAUUUUGAUUGUUUGUUUCAUUCACACUAGAAAAGUUAGCAAUAAAUCAGUCUUACUACACUACAUAAAACCAAAUAGCCUGAUUCUUUUGUUUUCUGAGGGUGCCUGAAAGAAGGGAGUGGUAGAUUGUAGCCGAUUAGAUUGAAAGCAUUUAGUACUGUUUUCCAUGUUUUUUUUUACGCUGGAAAGGCUGGUCUGUGUCUUUUUAAAACUGGAAGUGAAUACAGUUACGAUAUUUAUGAUACAGCUUUUAUAUAAUAUAGUAAAGAUUACAUUGUAUUACAUCAGCUAUAUCAUUCUCUAAACUGGAAAUUAUCUUUGGUCAACAUUUAGUUUUUUGUUGAUGAAGAAAGACUAAGUGGGCUAGUCCAUACAACUGCCAGAUGGAUAAUAGGAGAAGAGCCGUUUUAAAAUUAUCACAAGCAGUCGCUUCAUCUCUUUGAGAAUACUUGAGAAUCAAAAAAGGCUUGUGAUAGAAUGUGGUAAAUUGAUCCUGGCCGACUAAACCUACAGUGUAUUUUCUGUGAUUAGUUUUUGGGUCCUUUACCUUACUGGAUUUAUGUUUUUAGUUGUCGUUUGACACAGUGCCUGUUUUGAAUUGUUUUAAAAGCAUCCUAUUUUAUAAUGAAUUUUGAAAAGUGGAUAAAUGCACAGAUUAUUAAACUUACCCUCAUGUUUUAUACUUUACUUUAAGGAGGACCAAACAUUUUUCAUAUCUUGGAAUUUUAAGUCUCAAAGUAUGUUUGAAAUAAAUAAUAAAUGGUCUAUAUCAUUGAUA